UCGCUAGACGCUCGCAAGAGCUCGCCGCCCACCAAAGGGCGACUUCGAAACGCUUUUGUGAAAUAACCCCGCACGCGAUACGAACUUUUUGAGUGACCGUGUAAAAAGUUUUCAUGACUUAUAUGAACAUUUCGCUUUGACGCUGACCUCCCGACACUGGAUUUCCUUACAUAAAAAAGUAAGUUACAUUCAUUUAAAAGUAGUAGUAUUGUAGACGUGUAGUUACUACGACUCGUAGACGUAAACUUCGUAGACAAGGUACUCUACAACUCUACAAGUCUGUUAGCGAAUUUCAGGCUUUCGUGUGAUGUCAAUAAGAAUUUGUUUAGGUGAGUUCGUGUGGUGCCAAUUCGUAAGUAACCUGACAGGAGGGACGCCGGUGCUUUCAUCAAUCCCCUAUUUCGAUUUACCUGCCGAAUAAAAGGUAAAAAGUCAAUUUGGCAGUGAGGAAGGGCUAUAGAGCGAAAUAUGUAAAUGGGGGAAGGGCGGUGCAGUCGGGCAGUCGCGCUAGUACUCGCCGAUCGUCCAAGCUAGGCGGUCGCUGAUUGUUGACGCGCUGUGCUCGCAACGCGCUGCACUUGUGAUCAGUUAGUUGGUUUGUUUGCUACGGACUUACGUUGUAUUAUCAGUUCGCCGAAACUAGUCUGAGAGGCGGCCGACUCCAAGAUGUAUCCAGGGUCAACCUUUGAAGGAAUUUUGCCGGAAUACCAAUUCAAAAAAAUGGGGAGCAGCGAAGGCCAACAGACUUUCUGCCUAAAAUGGAAUCAUCACAAAACAAACUUAGUGGAAAUUUUGGAAGCGUUGAUCAAAGUAGAGACCUAUGUGGACUGCACAUUAGUGGUCGAUGAUCAAGUCACAUUCAAGGCCCAUCGAGUGGUUCUUGCCGCCAACUCCCCUUACUUUCAAUCGAUACUGGCUGAUGUACCAAUGGACCACUGCAGCAUCCUUUUUCCUGGAGUCAAAGAUUUCGAAAUGCGGGCCCUUCUCGAAUACAUGUACACGGGGGAGGUGAACGUGACUCAAGCACAGAUACCGCGGAUCAUGAAGGUAGCGGAACAAUUGGAGGUCAAAGGUUUGUUUGAUAUGACAGAGCUUCGCCGCCGACCUGGAACCAGCGAGCGGACGCCUGCUGCAUCACCUCCGCGAGUGGUACCUGCUGCGCCCUCCAGUGUGUCCCCGCCAGCUUCCGCUCCGGCCUCACGUUGGCCACCUCCACCAGCCACGCCGGUCCUCUCAGCCGCCUAUGACUCAACAGACAUGAACCCGCUGAAGCGCAAAAAAUUAUCUAGCAUGCUUGCAACUCGUGACACUCCCAUCCUACGUAACGUCCUCGCUCAAUCGACCCCAGUUGACUCUUCACAACCAAUCUCUCUUGUUUGUCACCCAGUCAAUAACAGCGCACCUCCCCUUCUCCAUUCUAAUGGAUCUGCACACGAAUCUGAGCGAGCCCCCAGUCCGCAAAGGCCGUUCGAUUACCGUCCCCGCAGAUUAUCAUCAAGAGCAUCUUCACCACAUUACAAUCGAUCAGAUAGAUCAGAAGACGCUCAUUCCCCUUACACGGAACGUUCGUUCGAAGAAGAAAACUCGCGCACUUUUCAUCCUUCUCCACCACCAACCAAUUUCCAACAAGAUGUUAGAGCAGGACUCGCACCAUAUGUUCCGCCACAACAAAAGCCAGAAUGGAAGCGAUACAAACAAUACACUAGAUCCGAUAUCAUGUCCGCGAUCGAAUGUGUUAGGAAUGGAAUGAGCGCUUUACAAGCCUCUCGUAAAUACGGCGUUCCAUCACGUACACUGUACGAUAAAGUUAAGAAACUAGGUAUAACUACUAGUAGGCCGAUGAGUCGCGGUGUAAAAAGGGAGUCAAACGGAGCCGCUUUCCCUUACGGCCUGAGCGGUGCGGGGAAUAAUGAGGAAGGAAACCCUAGUACGCCUCUCAUUGAUCCAUCGUUCCUGCAACAAGCAUUAGAGGGGGCGACGAGAGACGGCGGUCGCGAAGCACUACAUGCUAUGGCUUUAGCGGCCGCAGCUCACGCGGCGUUGGCCCCGCGAACCCCUCCUCGCUCAGCGCCGCAAUCGCCGCGGUCACCCAUUCCAGAUGAUGACCAUGUUGAAGACCUUUCAGUGUCACGUCGACACGAUCUAGAGCCUCCGUCCGGUGUUAUUGUUCCGCCCCGAAACUUUGCUUUGGAUUGCAGUAGCGAAAGAGAUUGAACACAGAAAAGUUGUUCAGAUGAACAUUAAAAAAGACUGACUUAGGCGUACAAACAAAGUUAGAAGUAAGGUACAUAUUGGUAAGCUACUGGUAGGACGCGCCGCGCGCGCAAGCCACUCUGACCUGGCGCUCCGGCCGGGCGAUUGCAAUGGGCCCCGCGGCCACUUCUAUUCUACCUCUCUUCUUAUUUAUUUUCUCACACUGUCUAUGUUCGAUAGCGAAAUAAAAUUUCCGUUAGACGACAGGCGGUGACUUUGUGAUUUUAUUUUUGUUUUUUUUCUUCUAUAACUUUAUGAUUUCUAUUACAUCUUUGUUGAUAGAUUAGCAGAAUAGGUUAGCUUUAAUUAGACUUAAAAAUUUUGUUAGUCGGAGCGGUAACCGGUAAGUGUAGGGCCGAAAGGUAAGAAGGUAUAACGCCGCGCCCCAGGCGGGCCGCCCCUAGACGAAUUAUUGUGCAAUUUGUUGUCCGCGACUGUGAUGUUUAUAGACUGAAACGCCGCUACUACCUCACGCUCGCUACAGCUUAACUCUAGUCCUCCGCGUCGUACCAUGCCAUGUUUGCAACAGCAGUUAAAUUUAACACUUCACUUAUUUUAAAGACUACCUAGUCUAGAGGGAUUGUUGUUGGGAAGCACAGUGCGACGUGCGAAGCUCAUGACACUGCGAAUAGCGACUUUAAUAUACGUACUAUCUCUCCCUUUUAAUUCCUAUACGUUACGGGUUGAAUUGAUUUAACUGUUUAUCGUUUGCCAUAAUAAUAUUAAUGAUGUUUGUUGUUAGUAACUAGCUGUGCUCACUUUCAUAUGUAUUCUAAACAUGUACAGUUCAAGCAUGGUCGUAAUCAUUAUCUUAGUAAAAUGCUCAAUGUUUAUGUAAGUUUUGGUGAAUACACAUAAAAGAAAUUUGUCGCAAUUCGCUGUUAUACGUAAAAAUAUACCUAAUCAUAAGUUUAUUUUCAAUGAUAGAGUGUAAUGUUUUGCAGAUCAUUUAUCAUAGGACACUUUAAUGUUGUUGUGUACAAUUUAGUAGGUAAAAUAUUACAUAUUACAGUAAUAAAUGUAUCUGUCUAUGUGGGUUGUUUACACUUGUGUUUAUAGAAAGAAAUAUGGGUGAAUCGGUACUUUCGUUUAAUCUGUUACAUAAUAUUUUAUCAAUUCAAUAACUACCUGCGUUAAGGUGUAAAAAAUAAUGUUUAAUUAUGUCAUAUUGUUUUAAGUUAACUCUCUCAAUACUUAUUAUUUUGUAAUUCAUUGGAAGACUGAUUUGUUACUUUAGUCUAGUUUGAAAAUGCCAUAGAUACGAUUAUAUUAUUCGCAUAUCUACGUAAUUUACGUAAGUUGGUGUGUGUAGGAACUACACAGACAGGUCUCACUGAGUUGUGCCUUUAUUUUAAAGAUAUCGUUUGAUGUAUGUUAGGACAUUCCAGUAGUUGCACAUAAGUUGUGCUUUUGUGUUUCCCUUACCAAUAAGCACUAGGCAUUUUCUUAUUGGAAACUGAUAAUGGAGUAAUGUUUCUAGUAAGUAUUAGUAUGUAAUUAUGAUCCGAAGCGUGUCUGAGCUGAAUCGGAUCCACUAUACCUCAGUUUUGUUAAAUCAGAUGUUAUAAGAUUAUAUAUAUUCCACUUAUGUGCCUAUAGAUGUACCUUUUUAUUAAGUAUGUUAUGCAAUCUUUUAAGUUGUGAAUGCAAAUGUCGUAGGUAUGUACUUUAUAUAGUUUUCAUAAUACUAUGUAAUUGUAUCUACGUACUCUAAGUUAUAUUAGAAUGAGUAUGACUAUCUCGAACAUACAUAUAGUUCUUAUAAUAAACUCUAUAUUUACAAAUAAUAUAAUGUUAUAAAUAUAAAUUAAACGUUUAAAACCUGAGUAUUUUUUACUAUUCAUCCUGG